CCUUGGCUGUCGCACCGAGGGGGAGUCCGGGCAACAUGAAUGAGGCUGAGGGCCUGCGGCAGCGUCGGCCUCUCCGGCCGCAGGUGAUCACCGAGGAUAACACGGCUCAGGAAACCAAGGGCGGCAGUACUUACAGCAAUAAAGUGUUCCGUAUGACCUUCAUGACUCUGGCUGUAUCACUAAUUAUUCCCUUAUUUGGAGCAAUAGUUUUUCUGGAUUGUCCAAUAGACCCUCAGCCUAUAAGCUUCAAAGAACCUCCUCCCUUAACUGGCACGUUAGAGCCAAACUUCAAGCUCCGACAAGCAGAAAGGCUGUUUGAAAACCAGCUUGUUGGACCAGAAUCCAUUGCAAAUAUUGGUGAUGUUUUGUUCACUGGUACUGCUGAUGGAAAAAUUCUGAAGAUUGAAGAUGGGCAAAUACAAACUAUAGCUCGACUUGGCCAUGGUCCCUGUGGAACAGGUGGAGAUGAGUUAACAUGUGGUAGACCUCUUGGAAUCCGUGUGGGACCAAAGAAGACUCUUUUUGUGGCAGAUGCCUACUAUGGAAUCUUUGAAAUUUUUCCUUCUUCAGGAGAAGUGCAACGACUUGUGUCUUCCAAGGUUCCCAUCGAGGGGAAGAACUUGUCUUUUGUGAAUGAUCUUGUACUGACUCGAGAUGGAAGGAAAAUUUAUUUUACAGACUCCAGCAGUAAAUGGCACAGAAAAGACUUUUGCUUAUUAAUCAUGGAGGCUACAGAUGAUGGGCGGUUGCUUGAGUAUGACACUGUGACGAAAGAAGUGAAAGUUUUGAUGGAGGGCCUCAGAUUUCCUAAUGGAGUCCAGCUGUCUCCUGCUGAAGACUUUGUAUUGGUUGCUGAAACAACUAUGGCAAGAAUACGGAGAUAUUAUGUAUCUGGCCUAAUGAAAGGUGGAGAAGAUAUGUUUGUUGAAAAUAUGCCUGGCUUUCCAGACAAUAUACGUUUAAGUAGCUCUGGAGGUUAUUGGGUGGCUAUGUCAGCUGUUCGAGCCAAUCCUGGGUUUUCUAUGAUGGAUUUCUUAUCUGAAAAACCAUGGAUUAAAAGAAUAAUAUUUAAGCUGCUCAGCCAAGAAACAGUGAUGAAAUUUGUGCCCAGGUACAGCCUUGUGGUAGAGCUAAGUGAAACUGGAUCCUACAGAAGAAGCUUCCAUGAUCCCGAUGGAAUGGUGGCAACAUAUAUAAGUGAAGCACAUGAACACAAUGGACAUCUCUAUUUGGGCUCCUUCCGGUCGCCCUUUAUUUGCAGACUGAACCUUAAGGAUGUCUAACUCUGAGCCAAAAAAAAUAUCACUGCUGCAUCAAAUUGUUCUGGAA